CAGAUACAAGUGAAGAAGAAGACUCAAACCAGUUUGAGAUAGAGUCUGAAAUGAAUAAAAGUAGAUCAGGUUUUAACAUUAAUAAUGAAACUUUUGUAACAAAAAAUAUUUCAGCUUUACUUAAAUGA